UACACUGAAAAAAAAUACAUACAAAUUGACAAGUAAAUAAAACAGCUGAUACACAAACUGAAAAGUUUAAUUUAUCUACAAAAACUCCAAUCCUACGCCUUUCACAACAAAAAAAUCCAUUACAACAAACAUUUUAAUGACGAAAUUUCACAACAGUAACACAAUACUCAUAAUUUGCUCGUACAAAUUAGGUUAUAUUUCGAGGUGAUCUCAUAACAUCUUGAUUAUGUGUUUAUAACCAUUGUGCCUUUACCUUUACUGCCUUAUACGGUUUAAGGAAGCCUGGUUCUUGUUGUGUUCAAGUGUGUUUUCGCUCAGUCAUCAUGAGUGAUCAGCAGGAUGUGCCGAGUGGAUCUUCUGAUAAUGUUGAGAAGAGUCGACCUAGUUCUCAAUCUCAGCCCGUGCCUGCCUCGACGGGCGGUGCCCCGCGGUACGUGACAGAACCCAUACAGUUCCGCGUCCGAGGGUCCUCCACCACCGGAGCAUCUCCUCCCAAGUUUGUCUCCCUGGAGGAGAUCAUGACGGCGGCACACGGGUUCAAGAACAUGGCCCUUGCACAUGAAAUAGCAGUUGACCAGGACUUCAAGCUUGAGCCCUUUGAACCUCCAGAUAAUAGUUACCAGAAGCUAGUAAAGGACACAUUACACCGCGCCUACUUCGACAUUCUACGAGAACAGCUGAACUCUGACCCACCGGUGUACAAGCAGGCCUUGGUGCUAUUGGAAGAUGUCAAACAGGGUCUAUUCUCUCUUCUACUGCCUCGCCACACACGGAUCAAACAAGUCAUAGAAGAGGUUCUAGACUCUGACUUCAUAAAGCAGCAAGCGGAGAACAAUUCCCUGGACUUCGGGAAGUAUGCCGCCUUCGUGAUCGACUUGAUGGCGAAGCUGGCUGCGCCGGCACGGGAUGAGAUGAUACAGGAUAUCACAAAGUUGGAGGAUACGGUGGACAUAUUCCGCUCGAUCCUCGAGACCCUCGAAGUACUCAAACUCGACAUGGCCAACACGCUGGUGGCCAUGAUCCGGCCGCACGUGCAGGCCGAGAGCGUGCAGUACGAGCGGAACAAGUUCAAGGAGAUGCUCAAGGUCUCUGAAGACGGCCUCCAAUACACGAGGGAAUGGCUGACGCGACACAUAGACAAGACAGACCUGGUGUUGCCCGUCACAGACCAGACGGCCAUCAGGAAUAUCACCGCGCAGACUUUGGCGAAGGCGUAUUUGGAGCUGCUUGAGUGGGACGACUCGAAAAAUUAUCCUGAGACGGUAACUCUAGACGCCGCCCGCUUCCUAGAGCUAGGCCUACAGAUCUACCGCAUGGUGGCAGUCAGCGCGGUCCUGUUGGUCAGCCCCUCGUGCAGCGCGGACCAGGCCGCCGCCGCGCAGCUGAAACACGAGCUGAAGGAGAAGAUCUACAUUAUUAUGGGAGACGCCUGCACUGACACACAACUGAACAAAGUGCUGCCCUCUAUAGCGGAAGAAGUAAUUCGCGGCACAGAGCAGUUGCUGGAGAAAUUCAACCAGGGACCGCUGGCCAGUGAUGUGAAGGAGCUGAUCAGGACACAGAUUACUGGGCUGAGGGAUCCGGACCACAGAGUCAGGCAGAUUGUUCGUCAGCGAGUGUUGGAGUUCCUAAAAGGCAUUCUAGUCUGUGGCGGCGGCUCGAAGCAAGUGCCGGUCGGUCUGUCGGCGCUAUCGCAAGAGUUGACGUCCAUUGCCGGCACACUGCUGCGUUACGUCAUGCACAACAAGGCAGUGUUCACUGAACAUUACCUGGACAUCGUCACAGAAGAGUUAAGCAAGACUUCGUGAGAGAAAGGAGGUCGUAUACUUUGUAGAAUGUGGCAUGAGCCCUAUGACAGCUGUCAAAUUAUUUGCCGUUCUUUUGUUUUCAAGGACAACCAACUUUAUUUGCCAAGCACAAGGAUCUUUCAGUCGUCAUUUAGGACUCUUGCUGUAUUUUUGAAAGUACAAUACUCUGUCUACUCUAUGAUCCGCCCAAAUUCAGAAGAGUUCAUGUAAAUUGGUUUUGAUCUGAAAGGUUGUAGUAUUGGUUGCUAUACAAUCUAAAAAGUGAAUGUUAUUUCUAAGCCACACUGUUUGUAAGCUAAAAAUCUUUUUCUAUAUUUUUCUGAAACUAAAUAUCCAAUCAGCUGUUAU